GCGUGUUUGCCCCCUUCCAGGGCUUAUUCCUCCGUGAAAGGCAGGACAUGGACUGAAGUUGGACGCGGGCAGCACUUCAUCCGAGCCACCGGGCUUUUGUAAACCUCAGGGAACAAGGAGAAGAUGGAGGACUUCUGGACGGGGGUCCUUUGGGCGGUGAAGAUAUGGCUGUACCUCAUCAUAAGCCUCAUCAUGAUCCCGGCCAUGUUCGGGUUCUCUCUGGGCAUAUCCGAGACCUACAUGACAAUCCUGGUCAAGACAUUAGAGUGGGCCACUCUGAAGAUGCAGAAGGCCCACGCAGAAGAACAAGCGCUCAAAGCCUCUGCUGCCAACGGUCUCAUUCAGCGGGAAGGCGGUUCUAUGGAGAAAGAGUUAGGGGAGCUCAGAGCAAGUAGACCCAAACCACCAGUGGGGGGUGACUUCACGCUGAGUGACUGUUUCUAUUUCACCCGCCGAGGAAUUGAAAGCAUUGUAGAGGAUGAGGUGACCCAGCGGUUCACCUCUGAAGAGCUGGUGUCCUGGAACCUGCUCACUCGUACCAACAAUGAUUUUGAGUACAUCAGUCUGAAGCUGACGCUGGUGUACGGCCUCGGUAUCUUUGUGCGAUACUGCAUCCUCGCCCCGCUCAGGAUAACACUGGCCUGCAUCGGUCUGAGUUGGUUGGUAAUCGGAACAUCUGCUGUUGGACUCCUUCCAAAUUGGAGGAUCAAGUCGUGGCUCAGUGAAUGGGUCCAUGUCAUGUGCUACAGGAUCUGUGCUCGAGGACUCUCGGCCACCAUUCGCUAUCACAACAGAGAGAAUAAACCCCAAAAAGGAGGAAUCUGCGUGGCAAAUCACACCACCCCUAUCGAUAUCGUGAUUCUCUGCAAUGACGGCUGCUACGCCAUGGUGGGUCAGGUCCAUGGAGGGCUGAUGGGAGUCAUUCAGAGAGCCAUGGUGAGGUCUUGUCCUCACGUGUGGUUUGAGAGAGCAGAGAUGAAAGAUCGCCAUCUAGUGACCAAAAGGUUGAAGGAUCAUGUGAAUGACAAGAAGAAACUCCCCAUUUUGAUAUUUCCAGAGGGUACGUGUGUCAACAACACGUCCGUCAUGAUGUUUAAAAAGGGAAGUUUUGAAAUUGGAGGAACAAUUUAUCCUGUUGCUAUUAAGUAUGACCCGAAGUUUGGAGAUGCUUUCUGGAACAGUUCAAAGUACAGCAUGGUGAGUUACCUGCUGAGGAUGAUGACCAGCUGGGCCCUCGUCUGCAAUGUCUGGUACCUUCCAGCCAUGCAUCAACAGGAGGGGGAGGAUGCUGUCCAGUUCGCGAACAGAGUGAAGUCGGCCAUCGCUCACCAGGGGGGGCUCGUAGAUCUGCAGUGGGACGGGGGCUUGAAGAGGGCAAAGGUGAAAGACACGUUCAAGGAGCAGCAGCAGAAGAAGUACAGCAGCAUGGUGGUGGGGGACGACAGCAGCAGCAACAGUGACUGAGAUCCUCCCCCACUUUAAUGGGAGAUCCCUCCGUUUGCCUUUGUGAAGAACAUACAGUGGCAAAAGCCACUCUACUCCGGUGUUUUUACACUAACCGAACAUGACAGGAUACGCGGUACAGCCAGAUGGACUUAAAAUAACACUGAAAUCUUGCUACAGCUAAAAGGAAUUCUAUCUCAGUGAUUAACAGUAUAAACAAGUGCAAUAUUGAGUCUGGUUAAAAUUGAGAAAAAUGAAAAGGUUUUGUUUUCCUCAUGCUGAAUAUUUCCCAUGUUGUGAUUUAAUAUUAAUGUGAAAAGUGCUGUGAGUGAAAUGUGUGUUUAAAAUGGUUAAAGAAAAUGUGACGUAUGAAUUUCUGUCCUCUUUAAAAAAAACAACAACACCUCGUCUUACAAAAAGCAUACUAUGUGAUUAUGUUGGUACCAAAAAGGCCUUACUUUGUGGUAUUUUGCGUAAAUUGAGUGUCAUAGAAACACUUGUUUUUAAUUCAUGGUUUAAAGGAAACCUGAAUUCAUUCAGGUUUUACAGUUCAGGGGCAAAAUAACUUAAUUUACCAUUUAACGUGCAAAGAUCAAACAGCAACAUCCGUUUCACAGUACAACACACAGCUUAGACGUUUUAGAAGUCUCUCCGCUGGAUGGUGGGCCCAAAGUGUCAUCCAGGCACCCGUUUUUCUGAGGGAGUUCCUCUUCGGCCCCUAAAACAAAAUGAACAACUUUUUUCAGUCCUUCCUCUGUAAGUGUGUGAAUCCUGAUUUCAUCUUACUAUAAGCAUGAAUGUUCUCACCUUCAUUCUCGUGAGGACUCAGAUCGGUUUUACACUGCAUGAAAUAAUUAAGUCCUUUAUUAUAAACUCAGAAGCAAGUGAAAAGCCUGUAAAAGAAGACGGCACUUACCUUCGAUGUGUUCUCUUUUGUCUGCAUUUGUUUAAGCUCCAGAUGCCUGCAAAAUGUUUUAAAAUGAGAAGUUCUUAUGUCAUUGUUUGGAAUUUUUUGAUGGUGACUUGCGGCCCUCAUUUAAUGAAAAGCUAAUGUUCAACAGAAAGAUUUUUAAGUUGUUUUCCUUUUGCAUGUUGGCUUGAGGGUUUUUACAAUAAGAUCCUUAAUUUCCAGUUUAAAAAAAAAUCCUGUA